AUUUUUCCCUGUCGCGCGCGCGUCAUCGCGAUUCAACCCAGCAGCAGUCGCACUCCCUCCAAUCUUUACCUGCCUUCAACAUCGUCCUGUUCCUCACCGUGAGAAGUCGCGCAGAUAUUCUCAUUUUCAAUUACCUUUCCUCAGAACUUGCACAAAAAUACCUAAACAAUCUCAAUUGUCCUCACCUGUACAUCCACCGCAGAGUCUUCGGGUCAGGUUGACCAUGUCUUACAGACAGUCGCGCAACAGCGGCGACCGUCGCAGGAACGAUUCCUACGAUACACGAUCAAACACAUACCGCCCGCCGCCUCCAUCUCAGUAUGACCGUGACUACCGUGCAUCCGAUUCCUAUCACCCGCCACCGCCUGGCUACGAUAGCUUCAAACCCCCGCAGGGUAACUUCAGCUUCCGAUUCGACAAGCCCGCGGGCAUCUCUGACACUCCACGUUUUGACGAUGUCGGUCGGGCUGGUGGUGGCAGGUCAGGCGGCAGAGACCAUCGACGCGAUCGUAGGAACAACCGGGGAUAUCGCCCGUCUCGGGGAGGCUAUUCCCAGCCAUGGCGCAAACUCGCUGCGGAUCGUCCAAUCCUCAGCGCGACGCACGACGACAAUAAGGAGCUCUCAUUCGCAAAGUCUGCUAGUGGCGUGACGUACCGAGCGCUGGACGAACUUUCGGACAGCGAAGAGGCUGAGAUGGACAUGUCGGACAGCGAAGACGGCGGAGUGCCUAGCAAGAAGAAGCGCCGACUCAAUGGAAGCGAAGAUGCGGCGGUGAACAGCGCCCCCAAGUGGUCCAAUCCGGAUCCCUACACCGCAGCACCGCCGCCAGACAGUACACAGACCAAGAGGAAGGAUGUCGUUCAGCUGAUUCGCAAGGCCAGAGUGCAGCCUGCGGUCGUCAAUAAGGCAGAGGUCCCAGCUGAGGCGGCCGAUUUCAUUUCGUGCAAUUUUGACGACAGUGAAGAUGACGAGGAUGAGGAUGAAGAGGAAGAGUCACAACCAGAGAUAUCUGUGCGAGGAAAGAGGCACGCGCAUAAUGAUUCCGACGAGGAAGAAUCGCUAGUCGCGUCUAAAAAUGCAGAUGCUCCUCCAAGUUCUGCGCACACGCCUUCCGAAAGCGAUCUAAGGCGUCAGGGUUACACCAACCCCAACCCCGCACACCUUGCACCGUCAAACGACCUGGGAAGCAGGAAGCGCACCUUUGACGACGAGAUCAAAGUCCCCGAACAUUCCAAGUUAAAAAAGCACACAACCAAGAUGGGAGCUGGCGGCAUCGUCAAGGAGUGGCAGCCAUCCAAAGGCAUGAACACAUGUCCGUGGGUCACUGUCGAUCACUCGGACUGUCGGGAUGGUGGAGUUUGGCUUCACAAGGAGAUCGUCGACUUUUACAACUAUGCCAAGCCUCGUGAUUUUGAGGAAAAGCUCCGGCAGGGACUUGUUGACGAGCUGGCCAAACUGAUUAGGAACUCACAAUACCGUGACGCGACCGUGUAUCCAUUUGGUUCCUUCAAGUCCAGCCUUUACUUGCCAACUGGUGAUAUGGAUCUCGUAUUUUGUUCCGAUUCAUACAUGGAUGGUCGCGCUGCUCGAUAUUCUAGCAAAAACCACGUCUUCAAGUUUGGCGCCUUUAUUGAGCGUAAACAACUUGCGGUUGACAAUCACGUUGAGAAAAUCUCAAAGGCUCGCGUUCCUCUUGUCAAGUACGUCGACAGUCGGACGGGCCUCAAGGUCGACAUUUCGUUUGAAAAUAUCACGGGUAUUCGCGCAAUCGAGACCUUCCUGGCUUGGCGCCAACAGUUCCCCGACAUGCCGGUCCUUGUCACAUGUAUUAAACACUUUUUGGCCAUGCGCGGCCUCAACGAGCCAGCAAACGGCGGCAUUGGCGGUACUACUGUUAUCUGCCUGGUCGUGAGCAUGCUGCAGCUGAGUCCAGACGUCCAGAGCCGUUCUAUGACUCCCGAAAAUCAUCUGGGCCAGCUAUUGUUGCGCUUCUUUGAUCUUUACGGAAACAGGUUCAACUACGACCGCGUUGCAAUCAGCAUGAACCCGCCACGCUACAUUCCCAAGAGCCAAGUCACAAAUAUCGUCUACAGGAAUACGGACCGUUUGUCCAUCAUCGACCCGAACAAUCCUGAGAAUGAUAUCUCGGGUGGUUCCGCCAAUAUUCGUACCAUCAAGGCAGCAUUUUCCCAGGCUCAUGAUGUUCUGCGUGAGCGCGUCGCCACCUUGGCCCGCUCGCCCAAGAAGCAGGCUUUUGCGAGCGUCCUUGAGCCCAUCUUUGGAGGCAACUACACCUCGUUCGAAGACCAGCGCGAUCACCUGUAUAAACUCUGGCAGAGGUCGAGUCGUCGCUGAAGCUCCUGGUCUUGAUUAUCUAAGGCAUCCUUACCGGGUUUGAGAUUAUGAUUUUGAUCUUCUUUCACUGUACCAUUCAUUGGCCAUGGCUUUCAUGACUGUCACGAUUGGAGGGUGAGGUAUGGUGUUCUGUGGUAAAUGUGCUUUGGGUGCAUUGCUUGGUGUUUAGGCCAUACAGAAGGACUAUUUCCAGGCUGUGGUGUUAUUUUGAGGCAAGUCUCGCCAAAGCUGGUGAUCGGCUUCCUAUGGGAACUUGACUCGCAUACAGCACUUUCUUCCGCGGAUUCGAAUGCUCAUGCAUCCGGGCGUGAGCAACUCGUGCUGCAAUUCGCGUCUGCUUUUUACUGACAAUCUCGAUACCCACUCACAGUUAUUUAGGUUCUGCUCGCAAGAAAUGCGAUGUAUUUUAGCGUUCACGAUAGAGGAUUUACAGGCAGACUCUGCUUGGGUUUGGGGUCGACGUCACGCCAAUCAUGUCAUGGCUGUCGACCAGCCGUCUCUUUGGCUGCAACUCACCCUCAACGAACUUGGUCAUAUUUCUCGUCAUCUUGCAUGACUCUGUUCUCAUUAUAAGGGCUCUCGUGCUG